GAUAGGCAUUUCCUAAUAAACCGACCAGGGUGUGAAUCUGUGACGAGAAUGAGGUUGUUGUUGUGUGGCCUCCUCACCGCCAGGUGGAGCUGCUGCGCUCCGAUGGCGAAGCGUCGAGGCGGGGUGGGCGUGGCUACCUGGAACGGUUUCCUGUACGCUAUUGGAGGACAUGACGCUCCCGCCUCCAGCCUGGCAUCACGACUCAGCGACUGUGUGGAGAGGUACGACCCCCAGACGGAUGCGUGGACGGCGGUAGCCCCCAUGAGCGUCAGUCGUGACGCUGUCGGUGUGUGUCUCCUUGGAGACCGUCUCUAUGCGGUCGGUGGUUACGAUGGAACGGUGUACCUGAACACUGUCGAGGCCUACGAUCCCCAGACCAACGAGUGGACACAGGUGGCUCCACUGUGUCUGGGCCGGGCUGGGGCCUGUGUGGUGGCUGUCAAACUGUGAACACUCACGCACCUGAACACUCACACACCUGAACACACCUGAACACUCACGCACCUGAACACACCUGAACACUCACACACCUGAACACACCUGAACACUCACGCACCUGAACACACCUGAACAAUCACACACCUGAACACUCUUUGGACCCUCCCCAUUCCUCUAAUGGGAGUUUAACAUUCCACUAAAACCAGAAGGACAUUAUAGACAUUGAGUUGGAGAGGAGAUUACCGUGCUUCUACACCUGCAUUGCUUGCUGUUUGGGGUUUUAGGCUGGGUUUCUGUACAGCACUUUGAGAUAUCAGCUGAUGUAUGAAGGGCUAUAUAAAUACAUUUGAUUUGAUUUGAGAGAUUACUGACUACAGAUUGAAGAGCUCUCUCUGUCUCGCUCUCUCUCGCUCUCUCUCUGUCUCUCUCUCUCUCUCUGUCUCUCUCUCUCUGUCUCUGUCUCUCUCUCCUCCCCUCUCUCUCGUGCGCUCUCUCUUUUGCUCUUUCUCUGUUCUCUCCUCCCCUCUAUCCCUUUCUCUUCCCUUCUCUCUCUUCAUCGUCUUUAGGGAGCUCAUUAUUUUCACUAUACAAGAAAAGGAAAUGCGCAUCAUCAUUUAUUAAUUUGACCGUUUUUACUGCUGACAGAGUGGAGAGAUUUAGAGAUGAGACACAAAUGAAGACAGGACAAAGGGGAGAGAGAGAGAGAGAGAGAGAGAGAGAGAGAGAUCACUGUUGUUUUUUUAGUCAGCCUGUCAGUGGGAAGUCAGUCAGCCUAGAUGGGGCUACUCAAUUCACCUCAACUGCCUGAACAACAGAUAAGAGGUGUUUUUGUUUUUAAAGAGAAUCUUCUGGUCUCCUGAU